CAACCUCAGACGAGAGUCCCAACCCCUUUUCUCCGCCUUUAAGAAAAAAAAUUGAAGCAGAGUUCUGUGAUUUACUUACUUUUUUGCCUAACCAAAAAACACAGAACAAAGUAAUUGUUUUCAAAGAUGGCAGGUUACAGAGCAGAUGAUGAGUACGAUUACUUAUUCAAGCUAGUGUUGAUCGGAGAUUCAGGUGUGGGUAAAUCAAAUCUGCUUUCAAGAUUCACCAAAAAUGAAUUCAACCUGGAGUCUAAGUCUACAAUUGGAGUUGAGUUUGCUACCAAAAGUCUCAAUAUUGAUAGCAAAGUUAUUAAAGCUCAGAUUUGGGAUACUGCUGGCCAAGAAAGAUAUCGUGCCAUUACUAGUGCUUAUUAUCGGGGAGCUGUCGGCGCUUUGCUCGUAUAUGAUGUCACUCGACAUGUUACCUAUGAGAACGUCACAAGAUGGUUGAAGGAGUUGAGAGACCAUACUGACCCUAACAUUGUAGUCAUGCUCAUAGGCAACAAAUCAGAUCUCCGACAUCUCGUUGCUGUUUCAACUGAUGAGGCUAAAGGUUUGGCAGAGAGGGAGGGCCUAUACUUUAUGGAGACUUCUGCAUUAGAAGCAACCAACGUGGAAAAUGCAUUCACUGAAGCUCUCACGCAGAUAUACCGGAUCGUCAGUAAAAAAGCAGUCGAGGCAGGCGAUGAAGGUGCUACUUCAUCUGCUCCUCCUAAAGGAGAGACGAUUAACAUCAAAGAUGAAGGGUCUUCCUGGAAAAAGUUCGGAUGCUGUUCAAGCUAGGGCUCUUGAAAAAUGUGCAAGACGAUGCUCAAGCUGUUUUAGUUGUAAAUUGUCAUUAAAUCAAUGAUUUCCUCCCCGGUAUUCCUUUUCCUUUUUCGGUUAUCUUGGUUGUGGGAUAAGAUUUAAGCUAGCCAUGAGAAUACACGAAGCAGCGUUCUCAUGAAAAACUCCGAAGGAGCAGGUACCGUUGGUUUCUAAUUACAGAAUGUGCAAACAAGGUCUUAGUUUUAUGGGUUCUGGAUGUUAGCUUGAAAAAAUGAGACAGUGGCAAGGUCUUUCCAAUAACAUGUUACCAAUAUAUCAUCUUUCGUCUCGA